UAUAUAACAAAUAAUUUGAGUAGUAGCAUGAUGGCUGCUGUCGACGAGAACACAAGAGGUGGAUACUUCCUUCCUGCCUUUGCUAUCCCUAGUAAUGACCCAGAGGGCGUGGGAGGUGGCAAUGCAGAUUUUCCAGCCUUUCAAAACAACAUGAAACCCCUCCCUCAAUAUCUACCUAGCUCAACUCGCAGCUUCGCCAAGUUAGAGGGAAAGGAAUUUGAGUAUCUGGUCCGGAAGAGAAGUAUUACAAUAGGAAGAAACAGUAGCGCUGGAGAUGUGGACGUAUCCAUGGGUAAAAGCAGCUUCAUUUCACGACACCAUCUAACCUUGAGAAGGGAUGGCAGGGAGUUCUUCUUGAAAUGUCACUCUAAAAAUGGGAUCUUUGUUGACGAUUUGUUCCAGUCUAAGGAGAGCGAGUCUGUUAAACUUCCCAAAAGCUGUACGUUGCGGUUCCCCAGCACCAACAUCCGAGUAAAAUUCACGACAAUCCCGUCAGAAGAAGGAACAUCCUCGCCGCACCACGCGCCCCCACCACACAACCCCCAGCAGCACCAAUACACGCCGCCAGCUCCUGUCGUUACGCGCUAUCCCAUCAAUACUGUUACUUUUACUAGACCUGACAGGACUAUAAUGAUAUCUCCCUGUCCUUCUCCAACUCAUACCAUCAGUGCCGUUAAUUCAUGCCCCGUGUCACCAAGAGGACAUCACAAAUCUAUGGCGGAUCACAUGGCAACUCUACAGGCUGCCGCCGACAGAAUCAAGUCUGAACAAAGAGCUUUGGAAGUUGCGAACAGACUGACCCAAGCUAACUGCGAUGUGAGUGCCGACGAGAAGCCUCCCUACUCUUACGCUCAGCUGAUAGUCCAAGCUAUUGCCAGCUCCGAGAGCAAACAUUUAACUCUAAGUGGAAUAUACCAGUUCAUCAUGAAAACGUACCCGUAUUAUAAAGCAGCUGACAAGGGCUGGCAGAAUAGUAUAAGACACAACCUAUCGCUCAACCGCUACUUUAUAAAAGUACCGCGAGCUCAAGACGAACCUGGCAAAGGCAGUUUCUGGAGGUUGGACAAGAACAGCGAACCUAAACUUGUUGAACAAGCCUUCAGGAGGAGGAAUAAGAGAAGUUUAAUUCCAUGCAGAACAACUUUAGGAAUGAUGUCCAGGUCUGCCCCCGCCUCCCCUACACAUGGUAACAACACAUUUGACCAGUACUCACGGCCAUCCUCUCCCUGUAUCACUAUUCCUGAACUUAUGGAGAACUUCAGUGCUCCUACUUCACCUUUAAAACUCAGUCCCACUGAUAAUGGUCGAUAUGGGCACAGUUCUCAGGCUGCAAUCCCUAUCAUGAACCUGCCUUCGCCGACAGAACGGAGCCAAAUGAACCAUUUCUCAAAUCUAGAACAAUCUAAAGCAUCGUCCUCACCAGCUAGUGUCCAAGAGAUACCAGCCCCUGAGAAGAGGGAAGCUGAGAAUGGGAAGAGUACUGAGAAGGAGAAUGAGAUGAAACAAAAGGAGCCUCCUUUUAGUGGCAACCGCCGGGAACCUACUCGUGUAAAGCAGCAGUGGGGACUAUCUUCAGAGAAAGAGCUAGAACGUCGCGUAAGCGAGGAAGCUAAGAAAGUUUUUGAAUAUCAGGACGAAGAUGAAAACUAAACACCGCUAAAAUCCCUCCUCCAUCUACUUCAUUUUGUCGGGUCAACGUGCUUUGAUCGAGAUAUACUAUACAAGAUCCUCGGAUGUAUUCUUAUAUUCUGUUCGGAUCUACUAAACAACCCUUUGCUGAGAAAUAGUGUUAAUGAUUUUUAACGAUUUCUAUGAUCAGCAGGAGGGCGCAUGUUCUUUAUCUCUUUAAGUUGGAGAAACACGGUUAUUCAAAACAUUGAUGUUACUAUAUUUAGGGAGGCGACGUUGAACUUUAAUUUUAGCAAUUUAUUAAUUAGCGAUUUCGUCCCCCUCCAGAUAGCGACAUUCCCUUAUUAGUUGCUAUUGUAACAUAUAUAUUUCCAAGCUCCUGUUUUUACCACGGAAUUAAUCCUAAACCAUUAUACUCUGUAAUGAUAUGCCUGGUCCAGUUUUGAAAUUGUUGCUGAAUAAAUUUCUUAACUUAUUAUUUUUACUGUCGAUCGAUUUGGCUGAUUAGGUCGGAUAAUUUUAUGAUCAUUCCUCUUGAUUUCUAUGAAUUUUGAUUCAUAUUUGAUUCCAUAUUGUUAGGAUAAAUGAUAUGGCUAUACGUUUUCACAGAUUUAUUGACAAGCUAGGGAUUAAAAGGUUGGGAAAGUUGAUUAGAUUUGAUAAAAAUUUGGUGGGAUCAUUGAAACUAUGUCGUGAAACAUCUAUUUCCUUACCAAAGAAUUGUCUUAUACAUAACAUUUUUCAAGGCUUUUUACAAGAACAUUGUAUAACUUUUAUCGCAAUGUUAAGAAUGAUACCUUGACCCUUAUUAACCGAUCAUUUUUGAUAUUAAUAGUUUAUCUUUCGUGAUUUAACAUCCGAUUGCCAAUUUGAUGAUUCUGCUUUGAGGUUUUACGUUCGAGUUAACAAAUAAUUAUUAUUGAUGAGAAAAUUUUUUGGAAUCGAGCUUAAGUUUGUCGUGAUGUUACCUAUAAGUUUGAAAUGUGGAACUUCAUGGGAGGGUAAAACAAAUGAGCCUCCUAUCCAGCAGCAUAUCGGUUUGCCGAAAGGUCGCAUCAAAUUCCCGGACUUCCCAUACCGCGAAAGGUUGGCCUCUAAAGUUUGAGCCUUUAUGCUAUUGCAAGUUCUAACCUUUUGCUACAGUGUGUUUGCAAAUGAAAUUUCAGACGGCUGAUACCGUAUUAUGGGAAAUCUGUGAUGGUUCUCUGUGAAUAUCCACGUGAUUUAUGAUUUGAACUGUAUUUCGACUGUGAGAGAAGUAAGCCACUAUUAUAGUAUAUAUAGGCCGGUAUCUACCGGUUUCUAUCAGUAUUUCUACUGCCGUUUACACUGUAUUUCCCGACUGUGAAACUGGAAAUUAGUAAGCGAAUAUAUAGGCCGGUGUGUUUACACUAAGUUUAUUUUUGUUAUGUGCCGACUGUAAUAUUAACAUACAUUACAAUUUCAUGCCAAUCUUAAA